CGACUAAUACAUUUCUUCCUCUAUAUAUAUUUAGGAGAUGUAGGCUCGACAUCGGAGGGAACACAGGUCCCUGUCGAUUCAAUAAUGGCUGACGUGGCGACUAACGAUCUAGACGGAAAAACAAAGGCCGGCCACGGGGUAGUCUCAGUCAUGGGACGGCAGAGAGCUAUGACGACCGCUGUUUCCACUGUCGUCGACGAGAUCCCUUCUUAUGAUAUUUUCGGUAUUUUUGACGGUCUUAGGCUCGCUAAAUUCUACGAGGAGAGGCUGUGUCGGCUUGUGAAGGAGGAGGUAACGGUAUGCCACGGCCGUGGAGUUGCGGCAGACUGGAGUAAAGUGAUGAGAUCAUGUUUUUCGGAAGAGGUGGAGACUGUGAGGUCUACUGCGACGAAAGCGGUGGUUACUAUUGUCGGAAAAGAGGAGGUAAUUUUGCUUUGCAGUGGCGGCGCAAGGGCGGUUCUUUACUCUCAAGGCGGAAUCGCCUUGCCUCUCUGCCACAUCCAUCUUCACCAGAGUGAUGUAGAUCAAAAUUUGAAGAUCCAUAAGCGAACAAUGAUCGAUGAUUUCAUAGUACUUGCAUGCGAAGGCCUAUGGGAAGUGGUCUCCGACGACGACACAUAUCGACUUGUCAAAAGUUGUCUUUACGGAAAAUUACCAGACGGAUGUAAAAGUGAAUCAAGCUCUACAAAGGCUGCGCUAAUCUUAGCAGAGCUUGCAAUUGCUAGAGGAAGCAAAGAGAACAUAAAUGUCAUCGUUAUUGAGUUGAGGAGUUCUGAUGUUUCUUAGCUUCAUUUUUAGGUGUGUGAUGGUUCUCAAUUUAUUAAUAGUUUUGUUUUCCUUUUCUUCAUUAGCAUUUUUCCUUUUCCCUAAUAUAAUUUUCAUCUUACGUCUUGGUUUUAGAUACCUUUUUGGUGUUUCAUUGAGUUCUGUUUCGUUCGAUUAGCUACACUUUCGUUAAUUUUCAGUUGUAUUUUUUUUCUUUAAAUAAAUAAUUGCUUGGGAGUUUGUUUUCCUCACAUAAUGUAUGUAGUAUUUUGUUUUAUUUUAUUUUGUAACAGACACAUAAUAUAUUUAAUACAGAGAAAAAA